CACAGCUCGAGUUGCUAACAUGGCGCCGCACUGGACAGGCCUGCUCGCCGCGCUGCUCUGCAUAUGGGGUGCGGCGCGGGUGCGGGGCGACUGCGGCAACGCCACGCAGCUGUCGGUGCAGCUGGACACGCUGCUGGCGGAGUACGAGCGCGAGACGCCGCCCGCCGCCACGCUGCGCCUCACGCUCACGCUCGACGUGCGCCACGCCACCAUUGACGACGGCCGCGCCACCAUGCGCCUGCUCGCAGACCUCAAGAUGUCGUGGCAGGAGCCGCGCGUGCGGUGGAACGCGUCGGAGUGGGGCUGCGGCAGCGUGCUCACCGCCGCCGAGCGGCUGUGGCUGCCCGACGUCGUGCUGCUGAACGCGGCCGCCACCAGGGAGGGGGACGCCGCCACGCGCGCGCGCCUCUCCUCCUCCGGCGCCGUGUCCUGGCUCACUCACCUCGACGUCACCGCGCCCCUCGACCUCGACCUGUCUGACUGGCCGCGAGACACGCAGGCCUGCACCUUCACGUUCGGCUCCAGAACCUACACCAAUGAAGAAUUGAUUCUAGAUAUCAGUGAAUUUAAACACGCAGUGGUGUUUGAGGCGGGGGCGUGGGAGAUGGAGUCGGUGGCGAGCGACACGGCGUCGUGGCAGCGCGGGCCCGAGGACGUGAGCGUGGCGACGUGGACGGUGCGCGUGUCGCGGCGCGCGGCGGCGCAGUCGCUGGGGGCGGGCGCCGUGCUGGCGGCGGCCACGCUGCUGCUGGCCGCGGCGGCCGCGCUGCCCCCGCAGCAGCGCGCGCCGCUGGCCGCCUGCGCCUCCUUCACGGCCGCUCUCUGGUCAGCCCCCGCUCUAUGUGCGACAGUACGCGUGUGUACCGGCGGGCUGAUGACGGCGCUGUCGCGGCUGCCGGGCGGGCAGGGCACGCCGCGGUCGCUGCGCGCAGUGUGCGGCGCGUGCGUGUGCGGCGCGCUGAGCGCGGCGGGCGCGGCGCUGGUGGUGCGGGUGGCGCGGUGCUCGCUGGCGCCGCCGCACGCGCUGCGCUCGCUGCUCUCCUCCCUGUCCACGUUGUGCAAGCUGACGCCUUCAUCCAAAAGUUUUGUCUCGCGUUUUAAUACAUCGCAGCACGUCGCUGCACCUCAAGAUCGACGGGAAGUACUCCCGUGA